UUUCUAAAUUUCCUUAUAAUGGAAACAUAUGCUCAGUUAAAUCGUGCUCAACUAAGUUUCGAUUAUCUUCACACGAAUUCAACCACUCAUGAAUUUCUCUUUGGGGCGAUUGCCGAAUUGAUUGACAAUGCGCGUGAUGCAGGCUAUAGGCGUUUUUUAUGUUCUGUGCGCGGGAAUUUUCUGUUAUGUUUUGCGGAUAACGGAUGCGGGAUGUCACCAGAUGAGGUGAAAAACGUCAUUAUUUUUGGAAAGUCUUUGAAGAGAAGCGAAGAAAGUUCGACCAUUGGCAUGUAUGGAAAUGGGCUUAAGUCUGGUUCAAUGCGUAUCGGUAAUGAUAUGAUGUUAUUCACAAAAAGGGACGGUGUAUAUACCUGUUUGUUCCUCUCUCGAAGUUUUCAUGAGGAAGAAAAAUUGGAGGAGGUAUGUCUACUAUCUUCUUACAUGAUGCCUGCAGGUGAUCGUUCCUCUGCCAUCUUUCAAAGGUACUCCGGAAGAGAAAAAAAGGAAAUGCAUCUAAUCCUGAAAUAUUCACCGUUUCGGUGUCUGAAAGACUUCUUUGCUCAGUUUGACAAACUGAAGGAUGCAUCUGGAACAGUAGUCAUAAUAUAUAACAUGAAGCUGUUGGACCAUGGCGCCCCCGAAUUGGAUAUUACUACAAACCCGCGUGACAUACUUUUGGCCUCGGGACCUGAAACUGAGGAAACUGUUAACCUGGGCGUAAUCAUCAUCAUCAUACAGCAAAAUUCAGUGAAGCGAACUUCACUGAUCGCUGCCAAACUCGUGGAAAGGGAUUGGACCUACUUUGAGGGAGGGGGAGGAAGAAGAACCACUAUGGUCAACACCGUGCGCAAUCGAACUAUGCAUACAUACCGGUUCAAGCAUUCUGAUCUGAUAAGAAAUUACAAGAACACCACUGUUGUCGGUUCGCUGCCAUAUCCUUCAAUGUCUUCAAUCACCCAUUUACGAGUCUUUCGGACCCCAACCUGGAAGGCGCGUGACACCUACUCUACCUAA